AUGGCAAAAUACGACCAGGGAAUCCCAGGCAUACUUGGGACCUUUGGCGCCUUGUUGGUCGCCUGGUGCCUUUACAACGUCGGUAUUGCCAUCAACGUUGGCGAAGAUCAGCCCGCGGGCUAUGAAAAAACAGUCGAAGGGCCCAUCCUGUGGUUCUUGAGCUUGCUUGCUUAUGCCAUUCUCUACUGGUCUCUGAAGAUGGCAGUGUUGUUAUAUUUUUCUCGCAUGACGAAGUCAUCAGAGCCAAACCAUUGCAGCAUGCGUCGCCUUGUGCCCGUUGGCGUUAUCGAGUGUGUGGGCUUCGCCGGACUUUUAGUAUAUCUGGUUUGCACGAACCAUCUCACAAGUUCCUCGUUAUAUUACAGCAUCCGUCCCGACUACGCCCGAGACAUAUACAUCACGACAGGAGUGAACGCUCUCACAUAUCUCAUGGUGGCCGCGGUGCCUUUAUAUGAGCUUUUGCCAGAUGCGCCCAUGUGGAGAAAAGUGGCGAUUGGAGUCUUUUGUGCCAGUGGCAUAGUUGUGACAGUGAUUGCAGGCAUGCGAUGUUUCCACGCCUACCAGACUGAAGGAAUUGUGGACGUCCAAGGCCGGAACUUGCUGAUUGGGGAGAUGUUUACAGCUAUCGCUUCAUCAAGCAUAUGUUUUCUUUGGGGUAUAUUCUUAGGAGGAGGGAAGGGAGAGGCAGCGGAUUAA